UUAACUAUUUUAAUUUUUUUUUUCGUUGGUGGUGGAACCCACGCCUUCUUCUUCGUCAAGCUCGCCGAAAACACGUGAGCUCGACGGCAUCCCAAUCGCCUCCGCCCAGCCGACCUCGCAACCAAUCCCAAUAACCGAUAAACUUGCAAUUCUUGAAACUAGGAAGAGUGAUUGAGGGCUCCCCAAAUACAGAAAUGGCGCGGAGGUUGUGUUUCCGCGUGCCACUUCUUUUCACCGCCGCAAAAUCCCACAUUCCCGUCUCCGCCGCCAGAUUGCUCUACUUCUCAGAUGCCGCCAUCUUCAGAUUCGUUGGCCUCUAUCAUCCCAUGUUUCAAGUUUCUCGUUCAUAUGCCCGUGAUAGACGCCCAAGUUAUGAUCCUUUCGGAGGCAAAGUUCCUAAAGCAGCCGAAUUCGGGAAGGAGUGGGCCAAGAAAAUGGAGGAUGAUGAGAUCAUCUCUGGACAGGCAGCGAAGACGACAGUGAUAACGAAAGAGACGAUGGUGUGUGGGGAAGGAACAGGGAGGUGAACGGUUAUCGGAAUUGGUUGCAAGGUUGGCUGGGGGGAGGCGAUUGGGAUGCCGUCGAGCUUAGGGGCAGAGCGGCGUGUUUGUGGUGAACUGGCGUGUUUCCGGCGUGUUUUCAACAAGUUUCCGGCGAGCUUGGCGAAGAAAAAGGCGUGGGUCCCACCACCAACGAAAUAAAUAAAAAAAAUUAAUUAAAAUAGUCAACGAUGUUAAACGGCUAUUAAGUCGGAGGGGCUAAUUGCACGAAAUUAAGGAUUUUGAGAGUUUGUUUUUAAUCAAAAAAGAAAAAUGAAAAUUCUUAAAA